AUGCUGUCAAUGCUUUCUCUGUUUAAUUUGGUAUGUUCUUUGGAAACAGGAAAGAAUCGGAGGCUGAAGCAGGCCAAAGAAGAAGCCCAGGCAGAGAUUGAGCAGUACCGCCUGCAGAGGGAGAAGGAGUUCAAAGCCAAGGAAGCAGCGGCACUGGGAUCUCAUGGCAGUUGCACCACUGAAGUUGAGAAGGAGACCCAGGAAAAGAUGAGCGUCAUCCAGCAGAACUUCCAGAAGAACCGUGAGGUGGUCCUCUCCCAGCUGUUGGCACUAGUGUGUGACAUCAAACCUGAAAUCCACAUCAAUUACCGCAUCAAUGGGUAGUGGUGGAAGAAGGAAGGAGCAUAUUGGAAAUGCUGGUAGUAAUGUCUGAGCUUCAAGUGGAACAUACAGCUCUUAGCCAUACCUUAACUGUUCUUCUUGUAAAUGUGUUAAAUUAUUUCAGUGAGUUGUAGCUCAUCAGUAUCUUGCUGGACUUUUCUUAGUUUCUCUCUUGACACGGAUUCAGAGCUUAUUCAACCAUUAAAUGGCCUCAUCUCAAGUCUGUGCUAAGUUAUUAAGUAUAUAUUCAAGUUGGCACAUUAAUGCUUCCUUUUUAUCUGGGUAGUAUUCAGUGAGAGGCUUUCCUCUGAGAAGUAGAAAGGGGAGAGAGAUGCUGACCUGUGUAAUUGUAUUCCUGAUGACCAAAAUGCAUCUUUCAGUGUGGUGUUAACCUUUGUACAGGGGUUAAACCUUGUUUGAAGAAUUCUCUGACUGUACAGUGCUGGCUCAUAAUUUUCAAGUGCUUGAGUUUCUCUGUAUUGAAUUCUCUGUAUAUUCUGCUGUUAGCUUGAGUUACAAGUCUGGCACUAUGACACUUGCAAGUAAAAACACUUAUUUAACUC